CUUAACGCUUGUUACUACCCGCUUUUACAUAGCUACAUAGACGAAAUGUCGUAGCAGUUAGCUUGACAGCCAAGUUCGGCAGUAAUGUUGUGACCGCUGUGAACGUCAAUUUACAUGGCAUUAAAAAACGGCCACAAUGGCACCCUUCGUGUAUGCUGGUUAAGAUGUUAAUAACAUUGUGCUACGUCUAUCUGUGGGUGCGCUUUCACAAGUGCUACUCGGUGCUUAUCCGCAACAGCCUGUCCAGACUGAACAGCAGCACCUUCAGCUUCAGCUUCAGAGUGUGCUCCAGCCCGGCCUCAGCACAAGCUACAACAUCCCCAACUGGACACCACACAGCCGCCGCCGCCGCACGCAGGCAGCCCAGCCCGGUCCCACUCGAGGACAGCGUCUUCCUUCAGCUGGGAGACAAGGCUGUCUAUGUCACGGAGCCUCAGGCAUGUGAUGACCUCAGCAAAUGGACUGUGCUGUUGGGGUCCUCUCUGGUUUGUGGUCCACGAAUAGAGAAUAUUUCAUUCAUCAUAGAAGCUACAGGACACAGAGUGGGCUACCAUUCUCCUCACACAUCGAAUAAGAAAGUGCUGAAGUGGUCUGAUUACUGUCUUCCUCUGGCCUGUAGCCCUGGCCAGCCGUUCCGGGCUGUAGCUCAGGCCAGCGUCGACAACUUCAGUCGACUGGGGGUGGCUUUUAUCGAGGAUCGCCUUCAGCUGGACAAUGGACUUACGCCUUCAAAGAUAAUCCCUGUCCUCCUCCAAGAAUCCACUCUCAGUGAGCUGUUGGAGAAGCAGUGUCCAAAGACUGAGACGUCAUCACUUUGGCUCUGUGGCCCCCAGUCUGGAGAAGGUGUUGCUGAGCCUUUGCGUUGUCGGCUGUCACCCAAUAAUCAGCACCUCCAGUGCCGUAAGGGCAGCCUCCUCCUCACCCCGGAGCUAAAGAGGAGGUUAGGGGAGCGGCGAGGGUCAGAGCCGCUCUGUGGCACCAAGGAUCCGGGAGCUGUUUGUGACUCGGAGGACCAUUCCCUGGGGAGUCAUCACCACAUGGAGGGCCACAAACACCACCUCCAUCUGUCCAGCUGCCACGAAUGCUUGGAGCUGGAGAACAGCACCAUCCUCUCUGUCAAAUAUGCCUCGGCUGAGAACAUUCCAGACCUUCCCGAUGAUAACUCAGUCGGGCUGGAUAGUGGAGAUGAGACUCUGGAUGAUGUUGAGCAUGACGCCAAAGGGUUUUCUGGGCAAAGUGGUGGAUUUGACUGUAAAAGCAAACCGCCAAAUAUUCUGCUGUACACGGGUGGUUGCCAGGAGCGUUUUGAGGCACUUCGUCAGCUUUUAUCAGAGUGUAUAAACAUGGAAAACAACAUAAUAUAUCCCCUCCAACCACAACAGGCUCUGAGCGACCCUUGGCUGGACAACACCAGGCUCCUGGUACUGGCAGAGGAGGAAACCCUCACCCCUCAACUUCAGACCCGUUUCCUCACCUACCUGAGCCAGGGUGGCAGGGUCCUGGGGCUAGCCUCCACCCUGUGCCCUGCGGGCCUCUGUCUGAAAGUCAGGGAGAGGCAGCGUGGGAAGGUCAGCAGGCUGAGCUUCACCAGGGAGGACAGCACCGAGCUGGAACUGAGCGUGUUGGCGAGCGGGAUGGUCUACGUCAGGGAUACUCAGGGAGGAGGGGAAGUGGAGCUCUGGGGGGAGCUGAAAGGGGACAGCCCUCAUCAGAGGGAUAUGGUUGUAGUCAGGGUAACCCACAGAGGGGAUGACGGCGAAGCUGUCCUCUGUCAGGCCCACCUGGAAAUUGCUCCUGACUCGCAGAAUUUGACAUCGGAAGGUUUCGAUGAACUGAAGGUCAGCAAUGCACUGCGUUAUGAAGUCCUGACAGAGAUCCUCACCUCGCUGGGCCUCAGCUGUGAGCGAAACCAGACUCCAGCCCCAAGCCCGGUCCACCUGCUGGCCACCUCUCAGGAGACCAAGGCCGUCUUCCUGAAUUGGCUGCAGACACGUGCAGAUCAAAAUGGCCUCCUCACAUUGUCCAAGGCCUCCCUCAGGAUGCUGUCCAGUUCUGAGCUCCAGGAUGGUCCUUCGCUGCCUGAGGGCUCUCUGGCCCUGGUCACCAACUCCUCAGAGUCCCAGAGCUGGCCGCACUUCAGUAUGGAAACCUACAGCAAGAACCUGAAGACCAGCCUGCUGGGGCACACCGUGCUGUACGCUGAGAUGGUCACGUCUACCAUGGACCUGCUACAAGGGCUGACUCUGCACUUACCAAAGGACGUGGGAUUAAUAGCGGUAGCUGCUCGACAAAGCCAGGGCAGAGGUCGGGGCAGGAACGCCUGGCUUAGCCCCCUGGGGUGUGCCAUGUUCACUCUGGCGGUCCAGGUUGAGCUGAGCUCCAGGCUCGGACAGAGGAUUCCCUUCCUGCAGCAUCUGGCUGCUCUGGCCGUGGUGGAGGCUGUUCGCACGCUUCCUGGAUACGAGGACAUAGACCUGAGGGUGAAGUGGCCCAAUGACAUCUAUUACAGUAACCUGAUGAAGCUCGGGGGAGUACUGGUGACUUCCACUGUACUGGGAUCAACUUUUCAUCUGCUCAUAGGCUGUGGGUUCAAUGUGGCAAACAGCAACCCGACAGUGUGUAUCAAUGACCUGAUCCAGCAGUACAACACGGAGCAUAACUGCAGCCUGCAGCCGCUCAGCUGCGCCCAGCUCAUCGCUCGCUCUGUCAGCUGCCUGGAGACGCUCAUCAGCAGCUUCCAACAAGGGGGCCCGGACGCCGUCCUGCCCACCUACUACAAGAGGUGGCUGCACAGCGGGACCCGGGUGCAUCUCUGGAGCGAGGACGGACUGGAGGCUGAGGUGGUGGGUCUGGACAGCAACGGCUUCCUCCAAGUGUACAACAAGGAGCAAGGCAUGGUCUCAGUAGAGCCUGAUGGGAACUCCUUCGACAUGCUGAAGAACCUGGUGGUCAUCAAGAAGCAUUAGGACCAAAUUCAGCAAAAUACAGAAUCAUCGUUCAGCAGACUGAACCAAUAACAGUAACUGACAGAAAACUUAAUGUAACUAUAUAAAUGUAUCAGGGUUUUCUAAUUGGUUAGUACAUCGCUAAAUAUCUUGCUGGUUUACAGUGGGAGUAUUGGUUAGCUUCUCCUUAUGUUAACCUGACAUACAUUUGAAGUAGUUGGGGGUUAUUUGUUGGAAGACAUCCAGUGAUGGUAACUGGGUUUAAAGACAGCGAGUAGCACGUGCAUCAGGGAUGGGUCUAGCACAUCCACCCCUUUUGAUUAUGACCUGCUGAUUUGGGACCACCAGUUCAAACCAUUACUUAACAACGUGCACUACUUUGUGGGAGCAAUACGUCUUGUACCCCUCAUCCAAACAGCUAACCUGAAACAGGGAUCAUUGCAGCUUUUUGCUGUUGC